AUGAAGCUGCGCCUAGCGGUGUCCUUUAACGGUCCAGAUGGUGACUACUACACCUCCGGGAUCAUUUCGUCCACGGCUUUCCGGUUGCCUUACGCCAUCAAGCGCGACUAUGGCUGGGCCGAGGGCGGGGCCACGGUCCAACUGCUUGGCAUCGUUUGGCCCGAAGAUGCUGACUUGGAGCUGCAGCUGAUUUUCGUUUUUCCACAACGCAAUGUGUCCACUGAAUGCAGUCGCGUCACCAGCCAUGCAGCAGAGUGCAUCGUCCCGACACCUCCAAAAGCAUCAACAGUGAACUUGCAGAUGAAGACCAUGCGAAAUGGUGAGGUGGCCACCUAUGACCUACCGCUGACGUAUUCCUUCAUGGAAGUGCCCACCUUGCUUGGAUCCUUUCCACAACGAGCUUCCGUGAAGGGUGGCACGAUGUCCCUUCGACGCUCGGGUGGAAUACUUCUGCGCCUUCCUGGCACCGCUGAUGGAAGCGGCACCACAUCUGCCGUUGCUAAGCCCAGGGCCAGCGAGAUACCUCAACGGCACGACCUUGCUCUGCGAAUCGCCGAAGGUGUUGCUUCCAACGGUUUGUACUUUGGCGUUGAGUUCAGAUCGCAGCUUGACGAAUCUGGGCAUUGGUCAUGUGACCUUCGAAUUCUUCGAGACCCGAGAGGAGGUAUCAGACUAUGAGGAACCCACUUUGGACCCGGAGUAUGUGGUGCCAACCAUCACUUCCCUAGUGCCGCUGACAGGGCAGGAAGGGUCGAGUUCCUCGCUGGGCAUUCGGGGAGAUGGCUU